AUGCGACCAUCUAUUGUUGCUGCAGGAUUUAUUCGCUAUGCAAUACGAAUCGAGGGUGAAGAAUGGGUACGCUUUGUUAAUUAUUUCUUUAGCAGCACCGGACGACCGAGCCGUGCUCGUGGAUGGUGGUUUUGUUGGGGACGUUAUGGUUUGCAUUAUAAACAUUCGAUGCAACGUGGCUAUGGUUAUAUUAUUCUAGGUUCACUUGGUUUGAUGAUCGAUGAUCUCUUCUGUACUACCUAUAACCGACAUAUUGUUAUCAAUGUUGAAAUGCUAAAUGUUGAAAGUAGCAGGAACGACAAUAAUAAUGAACUAAUUGUCGAUAAAAUGAUACGCGUAUGGCUAUGUCGUCGUGUUUAUGAUAGUCGAUGGCCACCGACACCGUUCAAAGUUGACUUUUUCUUACCAUCACAAAUCCCUGCUUAUGAAAUACCAGGUAUCAUGAAUUUUAUUGCAAAGGGAUAA